AUCACCCGGUGUUGUUUAGCGCUGAAAUUGACAGUCCUCGUGUCUCGUAUUCAGCACAUUAGAUAGCCAUUUAACUAUUACUACAGUUGAAAGAAAUAGUCCGGCUUCACGUAUUUAAGACAACUGGUGCAGCAAACAUGGGGAAAGUUGAAGGAGGAAUGAAAUGCGUAAAAUAUCUUCUUUUUAUAUUCAACUUCAUAUUUUGGAUGAUGGGCUCUCUGGUCCUGGCCGUGGGUCUGUGGCUGAGGCUGGACCCAGAGGUGAUCUCACUGCUCAGUGAUGAUAGAGCCCCAGACACCUUCUUCAUCGGUGUGUACAUCCUGAUUGCUGCUGGAGGCCUGGUGAUGCUUGUGGGCUUCUUUGGGUGCUGUGGGGCCGUCAGGGAAUCCCAGUGCCUUCUGGGUCUGUUUUUUGCUAGUCUCCUGAUCAUCUUUGGAGCUGAGGUGGCUGCAGGUGUGUUUGGAUUCUUGAGCAAAGACAAGAUCAUUGAGGACAUUCAGAAUUACUACACAAUGUCCCUCAAUGAAAACAACAACAGCACAAUGAGUGAUUACAGCAAAGUUCUGGGCUGCUGUGGUACCCAGAGUUCCCCAUGUUCAGACAGCACUGGCGACACUAAGACCUGUGAUGUGGCCAUCAGUGAGUUUUUUAACAGUAAACUCUUCAUUGUGGGAUACGUUGGAAUAGGAAUCGCUGGUGUUAUGAUUAUUGGCAUGAUCUUCAGCAUGGUUCUGUGCUGUGCCAUACGGAACAGCAGAGAGGUGAUCUAAGCCAUGUGCACCACCACACACCACCCCACCCCAGAACCUCUGACUCUGUCCUGAACUCUUGUUGUAUCAUCACAAGAACCUUGACAUGAAACCCACCAGCAUGAAAGAUCCCCACUUGCCAUCAGAGGAUCAUGUGCCGUCCUGUUUCUAAAAUCUUAAGAAUGAGACUAGUGCUUGCUUUAGAUGGCUCAAAGCCACCAGCACCUUUUUAUACAGUAUACAUAGUUGGACUGGAUUAGAGCAUGGGACUCUUCUCUUGUGUGUUUGUUUUUUGUAAUUUGUUUUUAUAUAUUGUUGUUUUUGUUUUUGUUAUAUUGCUGUAAAAUUAACAUAUCGUAUUUAUGGACAUUUGUUUUACAUGAAAACACACCACUGACUCAUCUUAGUCACUGAAAACGGCCACAUAUCUACACUUACAACAGGAGUCCAUGAAGGACUGUGCUCAUGUUUUAUUCCCAUCCUAGAUCAACUAUUUACUCUGCUACGCCAUUCAAGUCAACUCAGAAAUUCAUUCUCGGCUAUAUCUGGUGCCCUCUCUUUGGCCUCAGAUGUCAGUUUAAAAAUAUGAUGUAAUGUGAAACCAUGAAGUAUCUAAAGUCUCAUGGAGAAAUAUGAUUGGUUGAGAGGGUAGUGGUUCUUCUGAGCAGAGAGACAUACCCAACUGUACAUACUGAUACACAUGUAAAGAGAUACAGUACAUACAUGCUGUAUGACUUCCCCUUACCAACACACUUUGUGUACAUAACAUGGUUAAAUCUCAAAAGCAUACCAUGUAAAAUCCUCACAGUUGGACCCGAACCCCAACCUUUAACCUUCACCCCCCCCAGCCCCCCCCUCCCCCCCGCCCCUUAGACUGGUCCCAUAGAGGCCGUAUGUGUGGUGAGUGACCCUUACUCUAGGUCACUGUGAGAAGAGUGAACUCUCCCCAUGAAACGAUCAUCAAACCCAAUGUCACGUAAUCGCUUCCGGCAAGCAUAACAUACAGUAUAAUCUUACGGUUGCGUAAGAGCAGAUCUGAAGUAUACAUUAGACCCUGGGACUGCAGCCAUGUCUCAUUUCUUAUCUACUAUAUACAUGUAACUUAAGUUGCCCUGGUUACAUAUGCUGAAAACACUGUGCUAAUGUAUCUCUCUUCAUGUGAGAGUCACAAUUUGCCCAGAUGUUGUGCUUCUGAGUCUACAGCUGAAUUAGCUUCAGGUUUAUGAUGCUCUGAGCAAAAGGGCACCUUGGUCUGUGCCUAUUCAUUGACUUAGCAACAGUCCCUGUCUCCAGUCCAUCCACAAACCACCUUAACAAAAAAAGGAAAGAAAAUAUUUAUAUAGAACUGUUUGUACAUUUCAUUUUUUUAUGUGACUGUUGCUUUUUUUGUUGCUUGCAUGUGUAGCUAGCAGAUCAGUAAUGUGCUGUGUGAUAGUUGCAGCUUAAGGCCAGUGUAAAGUAGUGUUUGAUAAUAAUACUCAAAGGACACUACAUCCAUUUUAAAAUGUGCCUUUCAUUUUUAAUAAGUUGUCCUUCUUGGCGUUGAAUUACUCAACUUUGUUCAUUCACAUUUCAUAUUGGUUAGUGAGAAAGGCCAUCUGGGACUGUGGGAACAUGAAGUAACAGCCAACAGGUCACACAGUGAGUGAGAUGAAGCCAGUGAGUGUGGCAUUAUAUUGCGUCCACCUAGGUGCUGUUUUGCAUUAGAUCAUGGCUAAUGAUGUGUUUGCUCAUACGUGUCUUUGAUAGGACUGCUUAGAGUCUGUAGGAUAAGUUGUGCUGAAGUAGCAACCAUCUCCAGUCAAAAGGUAGUGGGAAUAAAAGUGAACAUGAAGUAAUUAUCAUGAUAAUUUGUGUACAUGAUGUUUUUGUACAGUACAUGAUAGACAUGAACUGAUUUCCUAGGAGUUUUUUGCUACAGUGCUUUCAUAGUAUAAACUAGAAAGCUAGUUGACUGGAGAUUUUGUUAAAAAGGGAAAAUAGUGUAUCUUUAAACUUGUGUUCAUGCAAGUGGACCAGACAAUUUCCCUUGAGUUUGUUGAUUUCUUUACACUGUGUUUGCAAGAACAUAAAUGAAGAGAUUUUUUGUACUGUAAAAUUUAAGCUGUUGUAGGUAUUUUUUGUUACAUCUUUUUAUGUGUUAAUUUAUUUGAUGAGUUCAAAUGUCAAUUACGCUUCUCAGGAAGAUCAAUGUACAAAAACCAAUAAAGAUUUUGGAAGUUU